AUGGGAGAACGGUCCAGCUCUCGGCCGAUUAUCGGCAUAGGGGCGGGGAGCGUGGUGCCGCGCGGGAAGGAGGAGCUAAACGGGAGAGCGGGUAGUGAUUGGAGGGAUGCAGAGGUGGGCGUGGUCCAGCAGCAGCAACAACAGCGUAAGUGGGAGUAAGCGCUGCAUCUUCGUGACGUGCGGCAGGAUCGGUCUGUUGGGGGGCGCCUGCAGGUAAGAGCAAGCUGUUGUCCCUGUGGGAAGUGGAAGAUGCGGGGCCUGAAAGCCUGGGUUUUAAAUUGUGUUUGCAUUUGUUAAGCUGAUUUUUAUUAGUUCUUGGUUUUCUUUAAUAUCGCGAGCGUUUAAUGGUUGCAUUUUUAUUUUUAUUUUGCUUUGUGAACUGGGGAGUUCCUCUUAUUAAAUCAAUAUAAUAAUGAAUAUAUAAGCAAGCGGGCAGUGUUGCUUUCUAAUAGUGGAGGCUACCUUUCAACUUCAUUGUUCUAAUUAGCCAUCUUGCGGCAGUGAGUUGCAAAAGCUGUGUUGUGUAAAGAAGUACACUCUUGCAAAAUCAUCUUAUGGUGGGACUAACUGGUGGGACUUUGCUGUCCUAAAUGUGGCGUUAGUGGCUAACUUAGAUGGCUUUUAAAAAUAGACUUAUGACAGAUUUAGAGAGGCAAGUAUUGGGUUGUAUUGGUGUUGACUAGUCAAAUGUGUGAUACAUGCUGACAAAAUCUUACUUCUGUUAAAGAGAGUAGAGCAGGCUUGGAAUUUUUAUCUUAGUCAGUUGGCAAUCCUACUUAUGUGAGAUGAAAAUGGUAGGCCUCUUGUUUGAUUCACAUAUGUAUUUCAACAGGAAAGAAAGUUUUGGAGUCACUGUGUUCAUUGGGUGCUUCCUUAGAGUUUGCUACAAAGUCAUCCAUAGCUCCCAAAGAUGGCAACUCGACUAAGACAGGUAAGCUGGUUUGUGUUCUUUAUUGAUAACUUGAUUUUUCAAGGGAAAGUAUUCUCACAAAACAGCUUAUAAUAGAGCUACUGUAAAUGCAUUUCUUUUUCUUUUUUCAAAAAGCAUCUCUUAAGAUGUUUCACCACAUUUGUUUUCUAUGAAUCUUCUGUAAAGUAGCGCUGUUUUUCAUUGCUUGGUUUUCUCAUUGCUUGCGGCUGUUGUUCAGUGAAUAAUUUCCUGAUGCUCUUUGCUCAUUCCCAAGAAUCAUGCAUGCAAACUCACAUGUAUUCAGCAAUGCAUUGGUCCCUGCUGAUGUACCCUACCCUUUGCUUUUCUUUACAGUCCAGAAGGAAAUGCACUGUGAUUGGUGGCUCAGGGUUCCUGGGUCAGCACAUGGUACAAAGUCUGCUAGAGAAAGGCUACACAGUUAAUGUGUUCGAUGUCCGUGCGGGCUUUAAGAACAGCAAGGUGCAGUUCUUCCUAGGUGAUCUCUGCAACAAAAAGGUAUGAGCCAAAACUACAGCUGUGCACACAGAAGCAAAGAGAUGUCGGCACGCUGCUGCAUCUUGUUCAUGCUUCAGAUUUGGAGAUCUUUGGUCUGCUUGGCACUGCUUAAGGUGACCAGUGUUCUUUUUGGAAGACAUAUACAUAAGGAUGCAAGUGUGUUUAAAACUAGUGGGAUGAAGAAGUAUGAUUCACCCUAUUAAUGCCUGUUGCUGACCAAUUACUGCACCCGUGUGACUGAGCUAUUGGGUAGCUCAAGCCCAUAGCCAAAUGAUAAAACUACCCUUGGAGUUCUGUUUGACCAUUUUUUAAAAAAUGCAUGCAAGUGUGAACAAUUUGAAGGGAAGUGCACACACAUUUCCACCACUCUGGGUGAUCCCAAAGAUCAGGCAUAAGCAAACUCGGCCCUCCAGAUGUUUUGAGACUACAAUUCCCACCAUCCCUGACCACUGGUCCUGUUAGCUAGGGAUGAUGGGAGUUGUAGUCCCAAAAUAUCUGGAGGACCAAGUUUCCCUAUGCCUGCCAAAGAUGAUUCUGUCCCUAAUCUAGUGAAGACAGCUAUCCCCUGCCUGCCUGCUUUCUUACAACCAGACAUGAGGGUGACCUGGCUGUCAGCUUCUUCAGUUUCAGUGUUGCCAUUGUAGAGCUCAGCAUGGAGAAGGAUGUAAGCAAACCUAGAAAUAGUAGGCUCUACCUGUCAUUGGUUCUGGCGCCACCUAUUGUUAGCCUCCUGCCCAAUGGGCAGCAGAGCAGACCACUGCCCUAAUCUGUGAGGUGUCAUGGUAUUUGAGUCUCUGCACUAAAGCUUCCUUUUUUUAACUCUCCUCAUGGAGCUGUGCUUGAAAGUCUGCCCUUAGACUAUGGACGUGGAACACUCCUCCCAAUGUUAUAGGUUUGCAGCUCCCAUUAUUCCUGACCACUGGCCAGGUUGGUGCAGGUUGAAACCCAACAACAUCUGGAGGUUCAUCAUCUCUGCCUUAGACCCAGUUGUGGCUGUUGUGAUUCUAACCUCCUCUUCUGUGCCUCCAGGAUCUGCUUCCAGCUUUACAGGGGGUGACUGUUGUGUUUCACUGUGCCUCACCGUCACCUUCCAGCCACAACAGAGAUCUUUUCUACAAAGUCAAUUAUUUGGGGACCAAAGCAGUCAUUGAGGCUUGUAAGGAAGCUGGUGUUGAAGUAAGUGCAGAACUGGAACUUAAAGCAACUUGAAUGAACCUGGUCAAGUUUUGUGGCUGCGUGCACAUAUAACACUAAAUCCUUCAGCAUUAUUGCCCUUCAGCAAAAGUUGUUAGUGGUUAGCUCACAGGAUGAGCAAGCAAUCUAUGGUUUAUUUCUCCAAAGUUUUCUUUUUGCAGUUCUUGUUUUGUGCCUUUGUACCUUGGUGAGGGACGUGGGUGGCGCUGUGGGUUAAACCACAGAGCCUAGGACUUGCCGAUCAGAAGGUUGGCGGUUCGAAUCCCCGCGAUGACGGGGUGAGCUCCCGUUGCUCAGUCCCUGCUCCUGCCAACCUAGCAGUUCGAAAGCACGUCAAAGUGCAAGUAGAUAAAUAGGUACCGCUGCGGCGGGAAGGUAAACAGCGUUUCCGUGUGCUGCUCUGGUUUGCCAGAAGCGGCUUAGUCAUGCUGGCCACAUGACCCGGAAGCUGCAAGCUGGCUCCCUUGGCCAAUAAAGCGAGAUAAGCGCCGCAACCCCAGAGUCGGUCACGACUGGACCUAAUGGUCAGGGGUCCCUUUACCUUUACCUUACCUUGGUGAGCACCUGGGAUUGGGAUGCCCCAACAAACCAUGGUUAAACAGGGCUGUUGGUUUGGACAUAAUGAGCUAUGGUUAAAACAAGCCAUGGGUCAUAAGCCAACAACAAACCCUGGCCUCAUGUUGUGGCUUGCUAAGCAGAAAAGAUAGCACGGUUAGUAUGCUGUGCUGAUCUGGGCUCACACAUUCAAGCAAACCAUUGGUAGGCUAAACAAACCAUGAUGCAGUGUUGUGUGUGUACCAUGGUUGUGAGUACCGUUACUGAAAAUGUGCAGGCAGACAGUAAUCAGGGUUGGUUUUGAUCAGUGAUGUGGGCUUUCUGGAAAAUGUUUGAAUUGGAAUUUUGUCUUCAAGAGCCUACUUACUUACAGUAUCUAUUUAGCAGCCAACAACAACUAGACACUUGUAUCAAAGAGGGCAAUAAAGUAUAAGAGUAAAAUAAAGCUCGGCUGUAGCAUUCAAAAUGGAGCUAAACCAAGAGAACAAAUAUUUCAAAACAGUACAAAUUAUUUUCUGCCAAUCAAAAAUAGUUGAACUGAAAUAAUUUGAUGGGGAGGGGAAUAAAUUUCUGCUAGUGUGAUUUAAAGAGCUAAAUCAAAGUGUUACUUAAUAUCACAAGACACGAUAACUUAUUAGCAUUUUUCUUACAUUAUUUAGAUUUUGAAGGGGUGGGGAGACAGCUCUAAAAAUAAUCACUCUGCCUCAAAAGCUGCAUGCAAAUAUAUGUGGGAUAGUCUCCUGAAAAAAUAAAUUGCUACUUUGAUUAUAAAUGUGAGGGAUAUUAUAAACAUUUUUUAAUCUGGCCAAUUCAUUUUGUGUGUGGUAGGGGAGGAAUUUACCAACGCUGAUCUCAGUGGGCUAUAGUGCAUAUAGGAGGUAUUUUGUUCUCCCUUGGGUGGUUUCUUUCAAGUUGCAGGGGUGCCAACAAAUCCUUGUGCACCUUGGUAGCCAGCUAGAGGAAGAGAACAGUGUCCCUUUGACAUUACCCUGAUCUCAAGACCCGGCAGAACAGAGAGGGAAGGAUGAGCCUUGGCUUUCCUCUGUAACUGAGGAAAGUGAUGGGAGCUUGUUCCCGUUGUGAUAAGCAAACACUUGGAAAGACCAGGAAGUCCUUACACCUCACUCAAAUGUUUCCAAAUCUCAGUGCAGCUUCUAAGAGAGUCCCAUAUCUCUGAAGUCAGCCUGGCAGCACAGAAACCCCUUGUGGUUCCAUGUCAGGAUUCUCCUUGAUUCUGUACUCUCCACAGAGGAAAAAUGCACUUGCCAGUGGCAAGCUGGUGGGUGCGUUUGUGGAUCCUUGAUUUCUCAGUGUGUCCAUGAAACCCAUUGGACUAGGAGGCUAAGGGAGUAUGUCAGAAUCCCCUUGCACCAUCCAUGCAUGCCAGUACAGAGUGCCCUCCUUCACACAACACAUAACUUAUAGGACUUUUGACCACUAGAUAGAUUUAAAAGGGGUAUUGGACAAAUUCACGGGUGGUGAAUGGGUGUUUCAGUGACUACCAGCAACCAUGGAAUGUCCAGUCUACCUUUGAAUACUACCUGCUGGCUGGAAAUGGCAGAAAAGGGCUGUUUCCUUCAUGGCUCACUGCUACGCUCCCUGGAAGCCCCUGGUUGGCCACUGUGGGAAACGAAAUGCUGGACAAGAUGGGCAUUUGCCCAGAUCCAGUAGGAGUAUUACAUUUUUGCAGUUCUUGCCAAAGCAUUCCGUGUAUAACGCCAUGUAUUGUGCUUCUCCCCCCCCCCCCUUCCUGUUGCAGAAACUGGUGUUGACUAGCAGUGCCAGUGUGGUCUUCGAGGGCACAGAUAUUAAGCACGGAACUGAAGAUCUCCCCUACGCAAAGAAACCCAUUGACUACUAUACAGAAACCAAGAUUCUGCAGGAGAAGGUCUGGAUGUCCUCUGUUUCGCUGCUGCUACUAGGCUAACAGAUCCUAUACGUGCUAAACAACAUAGGGAGCCGUAUCCAAUGUAGGCUCUAUCCAAGUGACUCAGUGGUAUACAUGUUCCAUUGGUGAACUGUGUUGUGCUAGUGAGAUGUUGCUACACAAGAGAAUGCGCAAGCAGGUUGCUGCUAACUUCCUUGCACUAUAGAUUGUGCAAUCUGGUGUGCAACGAAUUUCUGCUAAUGCAACUGUCAUGUUGUAUUCCUGUGCAAUGUUACAAUUCACCCAUCUGCUAGUGCAAGAGCCCUUGUACAAGCAGAAAGAGAAUGUUGGCUACAGCCAACAAUCUCCUGUCUAUUUUAAAAGAAAAACAGAACGACCACGAAGUGUGAAAUCGUUCUGUUUGGAGUUCCAGGCAUUCCAUUCCUCCUCCCACCAUGUUGUCAUUCUUUUACCUCUCUGUCCAUCUUUGUGGGGCUGUUUUUACCAUAUCUGCAAAACUUAAGGAUACCUCAAGUCUAUUGAAACCUCCCUCUUGGGUAAGGUGACACUGACUACCCCAUUUUAGAUGUCCAGUGUAUUUAGAAGGCUCUGAGCAUUGACAGAUAGCGCAGGCUUUUCUCUUGUAGGAGGUGCUGAGCGCCAACGACCCAGAGAGGAAUUUCUUCACCACUGCUAUUCGUCCCCAUGGCAUCUUUGGCCCACAAGACCCUCACCUGGUUCCCGUCAUUAUCCAAGCAGCCAAGAGUGGCAAGAUGAAGUUCAUGAUUGGGUAAGGAAAGUCCAGCCCCUUGAAAGUUUUAACUGCUCUGAAUUUUGCAUCCUGCUUUUAUGACUGGUCCAGCUGAAACAUGUAAGGAGCCUGCAUCACCAUCAUCUGUUUGAAUGCUGCCUUCUUAUUUAUUUCUUUUCAGCAGCUUUUUACCUCUUUUUGGGCGGCUCUCACAAAGAUUGUUGCAACAAGCGUAGAUUUUUGCAGCAUCAAAAGAUUUACAUAAUUACAAAAAUGUAAGUAAUCAUGAACCGUAAAUGUAAGCUUGUCAAUGAGUAUAGAAUAGCGUCAAACAGUCCCCACAUAAUUCAUAAUGUCUAAUGAUAAAGAUGUAAAAACAUAAAGCCAAUAACAGCAGAAAUGAAGCAUCUCAAAAAUUAAAUCUUGACCCCAACAUAAACUCCUGAAAAGGACUCCGCCCAGGCAUCCUGAGCAGCAAGGUCUUGCAGGGCUCACAGGUAAGGUGGUCUCUGGCCUCUUCAGCAGUAAGAGCAGCUUUCAUUGCUGGAGUCAGUCAUUGCCCUGCCCUCCCAGACCAGGUGGAAAUAGGUCAGCAAAGCAGGGAGCAGGUCUUGCAGGAAUCAAAGUAAAGGUGACUGAGCUUCUGGACCCAGUUAGGCGUGAUGCUGUGUUGGGCUUUAUUGGAUGUGAAAUGCCUAUGAAAAGAAACGUCCUGCUACUAUACAGUGGUACCUUGGGUUACAUACCCUUCAGGUUACAGACUCCACUAACCCAGAAAUAGUACCUCGGGUUAAGAACUUUGCUUCAGGAUGAGAACAGAAAUCAAGCUCCAGCGGCGCAGCAACAGCAGGAGCCCCAUUAGCUAAAGUGGUGCUUCAGGUUAAGAACAGUUUCAGGUUAAGAACGGACCUCCAGAACGAAUUAAGUACUUAACCCGAGGUACCACUGUACUUUAUUUAAGCUGAUUUUGAAGAUUUAGACAAUAAUUUUCAGUGUGACGUUUCCCAGCGCAGGUUAUGUCCAAGUCAGUAAUACACAAAAUCCCACAAAUUGGACAUUAUGUGGGUGUGCACAUAACCCAGCAGUUCUUUAGCUGGUGGAUGGAGGCCAGUGGAUUCUUCCCUUCAGCUCUGCAGUCCCAGCACAACCAUCAUUUGGAGCCAAGUGAUGUUUCUCACAUGGAAGAGAAAGGGAUGCUCCCUUCAGCUCCUCCUCCUCUGGCUGGUGGGUCGUGCCAAGCUGGCCUUUCCCUUGACAUGAUGCUCUUCCUGGACUGCAGUAAACCCUAUGGUAAAUAGGAGGUUAAGUGGGGACUGCAGUAUUUUUGACAGGACCACAGCAGGGGAGGUUAGACUCUCCACACUCAAGCUGCUACUUGGUCUCACUGCAACUCCAAUGUACUUUCAAAGCAAAACAAAACAAACUUGCAUGCUAAUUGCAUCCUAACAGCUAGCACCCCAUCUAUCUUGGCUCUCUGUUUCCAAGAGUUUUUUCCUUGCAUGUUGGUGUUAACCUUCAACUUCUUCCUUUUCUCUGCACAGAGAUGGAAAGAACUUGGUGGAUUUUACCUUUGUGGAAAAUGUGGUCCAUGGGCACAUGCUGGCUGCAGAGCACCUUGAGAGAGACUCUCCCCUGUGUGGAAAGGUGGGUCCUCCUUUUUCUCUGUAAAGGAAUGCAGCUGCUACCUCAUUUUAUGUUCUGUCGUUUCUUGUAAAAUGGUUUUCUUUCCUGACCUGGAUGUUCGGAAGUUCACAGCAGAGUCAAAAGUUAAGCCCAGGUACCUAAUAUAGUUAAGAGGAAAUGAAACCUAAAAAUCUAAGACGGAAAAGAAAAGCUCAACAGGUAUUCAUAAUGGAGGGUUAAACAGGACUCCUCUAGCCUUUGGAUUGGCUAAUAGUUUGGAAAGGGAAAUAGAACUUUUGUGGCUAAGAGAAGCUGGUAAACAGAGAUAAGUUGGUUGAACUGAAAUGUAACAUUAAGAGCUGGAACACUGGAGUGUUUUACAAGAUGGUUGGAGCUCUAUAGAGAAAUAAGCUAGGAGAAUGCUGCAGAUAAGCUGAUCUGAAGGGCAGAAAUUGGUAAGUAUUGGCUUGGCAAGCAAUCUCGUCUACGAUCAGCAGGAUGUGAUUUCCUGGUUUUUAUUUUCUUGGAUAACUGUCCCUUAAAGGCUCUUUUUUGUAACUGUUUUUUUUUUCUUUUUUACAAAGAGAAACCUUAACUAUGAACCAAAUUUGUUUUGGUUUUGGCCCAUAUUAGUCAUGCCUCACCUUGCUACCUUGCCACUAUUUGAAGUUGGCUAGGCCAGUUAGCUUCAAAAGGUUAAAGCACCAUUGAAUGGAGACAGCCAGGACUAGAAAAUACCUACUUUGUGGCAGCACUGAGGCAGACAAGAAGGUGGAGCUAGUAUUGUUUGUUUGUUUGUUUGUUUGUAUACUGCCCUAUACCUGUAGAUGUCAGGGUGGUUCACAACAUAAAAUAACAAUCUGAAAAACAGAAAAUGCAUAAUAAGAACCAAAACAGCGACAACCCCAUAAUCCCCCUGAUUGGCUUGCCUCCCUUCUCUUUCACGUCACUGGCUACAUAGCCUGAUAUUUCACACUUAAGGGAUGAGAGAGGCAGCUUUCUCAUAAUGCUGGUUGUUGUUUUUUUGCACAAGUCUCAUUUGAAAUUCCCCAACUGUGAUAUCCACAGAAGCCGCCCAGAGUGAUUGGGACAACCCAGUCAGAUGGGCGGGGUACAAAUAAUAAAAUUAUUAUUACUAUGCCCUCACUUGCCAAUGUUUUUCCAGAAGCAAACUGAUCAGUUCAUGAUCUCUUAUUUUUAGAGCAUUGUCUCUCCACUCCUUUAGCUCCGGUGUGGAGAACUUUAAGCCUCCCAAGCGUUGCUGAGCUACAGCUCCCAUCAGCCCCAGAAAGCAUCGCCAAUGGUAGGAGAUGAUAGGUGCUCCUGAACACCUGUAGAGCAAAAGGUUCCCCAUACCUGCUUUAGCUGGAAAGGAUCCCAAGGAUAGUGUACAAAAACCAGAAAUAGCACAACUGCCGACUUCAGGAUUGCAGCUUUAAAGGGGUAACAGGGAAAGGAUGAUUCUUUACUCUUUGUUUCUUAUCUGUUUGUGUUAACUCGCAGGCAUUUAACAUCACGAAUGACGAGCCAAUCCUCUUUUGGGAGUUUAUGUCGCGCAUCCUGAUGGGCCUGGACUACGAGGCUCCCAAAUACCGCAUUCCCUAUUGGCUGGCCUAUUACUUGGCCUUCCUCCUGUCACUGGUGGUUACGCUGCUGAGCCCCUUCGUCACCGUCCAUCCCACCUUCACCCCCAUGCGGGUGGCGCUUGCUGGAACGUUCCACUAUUACAGCUGUGAGCGGGCCAAAAAGCACAUGGGCUACAAGCCACUGGUUAGCCUGGAUGAAGCCGUGGCAAAGACUCUCAAGAGCUUCCCCCACCUCCACCGUGCUGCGUAGCUGCCUGGGGCCCAUGAUAACAUCUCCACAAUCUCUACAGACUCUGCUUUGGCUGCUCCUGUCUCUCAGUCUGGUUUCCCUAGAACACUUCUUGCAGGAACCCCAGUCUGAAUUGAUUCUGUUGCCUCAGCUGAGUUGCUGUGACCCAACAUCUCUGAAGUGGUGGCUGCACAGGGUGAAACAAAACCUGAUCAGUUCGUUAAUUCUGCUUGAUCAGGCACCGUUUCCCAAGCCUUUACUUGCCUUAACCUUAUUCAGAGGGAAGUAAACUGUGAAAUACAAGGCUGGGGAGCUUGUGGACUUUCACAGUGGACUCCCCAACUCCUAUCAGACCUAGCCAGCAUGACCCAAUGGUCAGGGAUGAUGGGAGUUGUAGUCCAGGUGAGCCAUAAUUUUCCGUACUCUUUUUUCAGGACAGUCACUUUUAUGUGUUGGGGAGAUCUGUGUGCAAAUUCCAGAGCUGGGUAACCCAUCUGUAUAUUUUUAGGUGAUAGGAGAAAGCAUUUCUCUUUAACCAGGCCUUUGGCUGCUUAACAUUCCAUGGCCUUUUAAAUGUCCUUGUGGGAGGGUGUGUGUGAUGGGUUUGUUCUUGUUUUAUUAUGUAUUUCAUGUUCUCAUUUUGAAUUUUUAUGCUGUGAGCAGCCCUGUGAUCUUUGGGUGAAGGGCGGUAUACAAAUUUAAUAAAUAAUAACAAUAAUAUAUUGGUCAUUGUUAAGGUAAAGGUGGGAAAUCUUGAGCUGAUAUUGCAUUACAACUCACAUCAGCACCAGCUGGGUGCUUGUAGUCCCAAUAACAUCAGGACAACAUCAGCAGAACCACCGCUUGCUGUAACAAGAUUAUGUGGGAAAUCUGUAAAGAUGAUUUGCACUUGUGUACUUAAGCUGUUCCUGCCAACCUAGCAGUUCGAAAGCAUGUCAAAGUGCAAGUAGAUAAAUAGGUACCGCUCCGGUGAGAAGGUAAACGGCGUUUCCGUGCGCUGCUCUGGUUCGCCAGAAGCUGCUUAGACAUGCUGGCCACAUGACCCGGAAGCUGUACGCCUGCUCCCUUGGCCAAUAAAGCGAGAUGAGCGCCGCAACCCCAGAGUCGGCCACGACUGGACCUAAUGGUCAGGGGUCCCUUUACCUUUACUUAAGCUGAGGCCCAAGCUUUCUAGAAUGUGACUUUGCAGGUUCUUUUUCUUAAGACAGCCACUGUACAUUUGACCAGAUGGGAAGAGUUUGCUUAUAUACUAAAAGGUAAAAUGCAUUUCAGUGCAAUUUCCAAUAAAGUACACUGGGAUAUUCUGUUCUGGAAGUAUCUAAAUCUUGAGACAGUUUCUGCCUUCCUGAAAUACGUAAAAUGCAUGUUGGGGUGUGUGAAUCUGUGUUCAUUGAUAAAUUGAAAAAGGGCAUAUGGAAUGUGAGUGAGCAUUGUGGCCAGUGUAUCUCCUGCCUUCACGUUCCACUGUGAGAACUGCUUAUAAGCUUGCCAUUAGAAAAUGAUUUCGGUAAUGAGAACCUUUGGAUGCAACAUCAACUUCUGCCUCUAGGUGGUGCUCGCUUGCCAUAGUUGCUCUGUGGGUUCCAUUGAUAAAACUCAGUACAAUACAAUAGAUGCUGAUUAUUUCUGAAGUAAAGGCCUCUUGCCAAGUCACAUACAGUACUGCAGUUAAGCAGGACAUUCCCACAUUUUAUUAAUAGGGGUUGCAGUCACAGGUUUAUCUAGUUUGCUGGCACAUUAAUGGAGGUGUGAAAUCCCACUACUUUAUGCUGUCUUCACAGGGCAAGCCUGUACACCCCUUUGCAAAUCAAUGUAGUCCUAAGUUCUUAGAUGAAAAAGUAUCCCUUCAGAUGCUUGCGGACCACAGCUCUUCUUAUCCUGACCCUGCCCAUUAGCUAUGCUGACUGUGGCUGAUGAGAGCUGGAAUCUAACAUCUACAGGGCCAUAGGCUACAUUCCUGGCCUUUAGUGCACAAGAGUUAACUAAUGGAGUGUAGGAAUGAGCAAGGUGUGGCCAUCCAGAUGUUGCUGGACUCCACCUCCCAUCACCUCCCAACCUUCAGCAUUGUUGGCUGGUGCUCAUGGGAGUUGGAGUCCCAUAUCAGCUGCAGGGCCAAUGGUGGCUGUUGUUUAGUCGUUUAGUCAUGUCCAACUCUUCGUGACCCCAUGAACCAGAGCACGCCAGGCACUCCUGUCUUCCACUGCCUCCCACAGCUUGGUCAAACUCAUGCUGGUAGCUUCGAGAACACUGACCAACCAUCUCGUCCUCCGUCGUCCCCUUCUCCUUGUGCCCUCCAUCUUUCCCAACAUCAGGGUCUUUUCCAGGGAGUCUUCUCUUAUGAGGUGGCCAAAGUAUUGUAGCCUCAGCUUCACGAUCUGUCCUUCCAGUGAGCACUCAGGGCUGAUUUCCUUCAGAAUGGAUAGGUUUGAUCUUCUUGCAGUCCAUGGGACUCUCAAGAGUUUCCUCCAUGUUACCCAUUCCUAUUGCAGGGAAUGGUGAACCUGGCUUGGUACCGAAGCAUCAGUGAUAAGAUACGUUUCCUUAUUAGAGCAACCUCAAUCUAUUUCACCCAAAGCCUUUUGGCUUUAAACCAGAAUAGGCUCUUGUAUCCAGAGUGCCCUCUUGUAGCCACAAGUGUUUCAGAAGCUCUCCUUUCUUUUUAAGCAGGUUCGUACCCUGAAGUCACACUUGCUGCAGCAUACAUUUCAAAGCACAUUGCUUCUCCUGAAUAAUCUAGGGGACUGCAUUUUGUUAAGGUUUUGUAGGGACUGUAAAUAAACAGUUUUUUAAAAAAGAAUUUGAGUGUUUAGGUUCAGAGAAGGGAGGGGGGAAUUUUUAUUCAGUUUGCAUUUUAAAGAGAAACCUACCACAUUCUUCAAAGCAGUACGUGAACUGAAACGCAGCAAUCCUUUCAAAGUUCACCAUAUAGUUUCCCAGGCCAAGUAAUGUGUACAAAACUGGUGAAAAUAACAUUUUAAAAAGCAUUCUAUUAGGGGAAAUGGUUUGGGGGGGAAAAGUGUUUAUUAGGCAAACUUCUGUAUACAAAAUACAUAUUUGGAGAAACUUGCACUAAAACAGUGGUGAAUUUGCAUGAGGACUUAAAAAAGAAUUCGAACUAAUGUGGAGAAUUGAACUUCAGGUUGGAAAAAUGAGAAAUGAAAAGAAUCUGAAAUUGAUAAAUCUGCCCAUCCUUAAUUAUAGCGCGCCCGAACAAGGAACUACAGACGGGAGUAACUUCCCAUUAGGGAAGCCAGAAAGGGGCAUAAGAAGUCCCCUUUGUACACUGAUCCAGUUCUCUGGGGUCUAACAACACAGAAGACAAAAUAUUUGCCAACCUUAUUUAGCCCUAUAACAACAGAGCUGCCUUGUGUUUCAUCAAAGUUAUGGGUGAUACCUGCUCUGCUUAGGAGUUUGCCAGCCUUUGCCUGUGAAGGAUUCAUGCCACCAGGAAGCUUCUGCAGUGUCAUAGGCAUAGUUGUGAGGUGUGUGGAGAGCCCAGAAGCAAGAAAAGCACCAGUUAUGCCUAUUUGGGGGGGGGGGGGGCAGAAUAAGCAUUCUUGUAAUGCAGAUCUCAGAGAUCAAUGAUGAUGCAUCACAUUUGGAAGUGGUUGUGCUAACAUUGCGAUGGGAGUGCCCAAAAUUGUUGCAAAGCAUCAGCAGUUAUUGUUUUUUAAGGUGCUUACCUGGGUAAAGGUUUGGAAGAAGCAUCUGGAUUGCCAAAAACAAAUGAGUGUGUGGAUGGUGUCAAGAAGAAAAGAUAAUGUGGAGGUUGCAGUUCCUGUGAACACUUGUCCCCAAGUACUCUCAAAGGGCAAAGAAGCUAAUCACAGUAAACCUUGAGGUUUUAUGCUUGGGUGAUACUGAAGAAUGAGAGAAGGGGGAUUGCAGGACUUUAUAUUUAAGGAAUUCCAUUCAGUCUUUCCCCAUGAGUCAGAGUUACACCAAAGCUCUGUUGUGGCCACACCUGGGUGCAGAAAGGGCAGAGAUGGGGCUUGGCCUUUGUUGUGGAAGAAUGUGUUGUAUCUUUCUCUGCAGGUGGAAAUUGGCACAAAACCAACAUAAUUGCUGCAUCCUCCACGCCUUGACCUGCUGAGUCCUAGAUCAGCACAGCAGUUGCUUGUUUCAGUGUGUUUGUGUUGCCACCCAAUACCCAUUGUUUUAUUUAUUUGUUUAUUUCAUAAAAUCUAUAUACCUCUUGAUUGUUAGAAAACAAAUACCUCAACUGUUUACAAAAAGAAUACUGCAACAAAGGAUUGGUAAAAACAAUUAAAAUGUUCAGAACAAUUAAAACCAGCAAUAAACUAUAAACACAUCAGCAUUCCAAAUAUCUGGGUAGGCUUGCCUUUUUCUUUUUUUUUCUUUUUUUAAAAAAAAGGUUUUAGCAGCAUCAAAAGAGUGCAGUGAAGGCACCUGCCUGAUAUCAAUAGGCAAGCUGUUCCAAAGUGUAGGUGCUACCACACUAAAAUAUCACUUUCUUACUAGUGUGGAAUGGGUAUUGUGAUAGCUAUUUGAGUGUUUACUGGGAAUCACAGGUGGGGACAGUGCUGUUGAGUUCAUGUCCUGCUUGUGAGCUUCACAAAGAUAAUCUGGUUAGAGGGACGUGGAUGGCACUGUGGUCUAGACCACUGAGCCUCUUGGGCUUGCCAAUCAGAAGGAUGGCGGUUUGAAUCCCCGCGACGGGGUGAGCUCCCGUUGCUCGGUCCCAGCUCCUGCCAACCUAGCAGUUUGAAAGUACGCUAGUUCAAGUAGAUGGCAUUUUCCCAUCUCCGUCGUAUCAAGCAGUUGGUCCCUUACCUUUCUCACCCUGAUCUGGCCACAGUGAUCCAUGCGAUGGUCACCUCCAGGCUUGAUUAUUGUAACUCGCUCUACGCGGGGCUGCCCUUGAAGCUGACCCAGAAACUCCAGCGGGUGCAGAAUGCUGCGGCAAGGCUCCUUACGGGGUCCUUGCCUAAGGAUCACAUUCAUCCAGUGCUUUACCAGCUGCACUGUCUCCCGGUGGAGUACAGGUUUAAGAUGCUGGUUUUGACCUUUAAAGCCCUACGAGGCCUAGGACCCUCGUACCUAUGGGACCGCUUCUCCUGGUAUGCCCUGCGGAGGACCUUAAGGUCCACAAAUGACAACACUUUGGAGGUUCCAAGUGGCAAGGUGGUUAGAUUGGUCUCAACUAGGGCCAGGGCCUUUUCAGUACUGGUCCUGACUUGGUUGAACGCUCUGUCACAAGAGACUAGGGCCCUGCAGGACUUGACAUAUUUCCACAGGGCCUGCAAGACAGAGCUGUUCCGCCUGGCCUUUGGUUUGGACUCAGUCUGACCCUUAUGUUUCCCUCCCCUUACAUUUUUCAUUUAUGGGCUACUAUUAAAAUGAGGCUGCAUUUUAAAUUGUAUUUUAACCCAUAUUUUAAUAAACUGGUUUUUUUGGGGGGGGGGGUUGUUUGUUUGUCCCCCCCCCAUUAUAUUUUAUUGUAAUUUUAUUGGUGUUAGCCGCUCUGAGCCUGGCUCUGGCUGGGGAGAGUGGGAUAUAAAUAAAAAUAUAUUAUUAUUAUAUUAUUAUUAGAUAAAUAGGUACUGCUGUGGCGGGAAGGUAAAUGCCGUUUCUGUGUGUUCUGGCACUGUUCAGGGUGUCCUAUUGCGCCAGAAGCGGUUUAGUCAUGCUGGCCACAUGACCCAGAAGCUGUCUGUGGACAAACGCCAGCUCCCUUGGCCUGAAAGAGAGAUGAGCACUGCAAGCCCAUAGUCACCUUUGACUGGACUUAACCAUCCAGGAGUCAUUUUUUUUAAUCUGGUUGGACACUGAGAGCAAGAUAAUUGGGUCACUGGCCUGAUUCAGCAGGGCUCUUAUGUUCUCUGGGCAGCUUAAAAGUACAUUUAAAAACAAUAUAUGGUAUCAAGGGAGUGGGAAGCAGCAUAAAAAUGAUUCCGUCUAGUAUAAGAAGAAAAAACCAUUAAUAGAUCUACAACUCACCAAUGGAAGUAGUAGGGGAUAGAGUAAUAGAUGGCAAACCCACACAAACAUUUAAAAAUAGUGUUUGUCCACACAAUGCACUUCAGCACAUCCACAGAUAGGUGACAUGCAAUUUUAUGUUGGAUUCCUCCCCCUCCCCCCCCCGCAUUUUUGCCGAUUGGAAAAAAAUCCAAAUUAAAUGGGGUGGAGGAACAUGAUGCCAUUUUGUUGACGACGUCCUGUGGUUGACGGACCUUUCAGAUUUAUGAGUAUUACUGCUGUUAUUACCAGCAGGUUCCAGGGUGGGUUGCAACAAUUCAAAACUCAGUAUUAAAAACCAUUAAAAUGAAUAGCAGUCACAGGAAUAAGUUGGAUCAUGAAAACACAAAUCUUAGGUGUUGGGCCAGUACUUUUGUGAAAUCUGGGGCAAUGCUAAUAAAUAGCAGACAUUUCCUGUGCUUUCUUUGGAUCGAUGGAUAUGUUGGUUUUGCUUUGCUUUGCCCAUUGGCCAUAACAACAUCAAAAUAACCGCUUACAAUACUGCUGAAGACUAUUUGCAGAAUUAAAAGCAUGCAACUUUUCAAGCAGUAACAAGUUUAAUAUACAAUCCAAAUGAGACAUUUAAACUAUUUGCACAAUCCUAACCAUUUGCACAAUUCUAACAAGGCAUAUGCUAAAGCUGUCAAAGAGAUUAUUGCACAACGGUGUUAGAAGGCAGUUGAAAGUUGAAGAUUCAAGAUAGUGAAAUGGACCUGGGUCAUUUUAAUGGCUUUGAAGCUUGCAGGACACUUGUUGAACCAACCUUUGUAGCUGCUGGAGUCAAGAAGCUUGUUCUAGAACAACUGCAUUUGUGUCAAAAAGAAACCAUUCUGUUGUGCCCCAUUUCUGGAUAUUUCAUGGUGGUGUUAGAAGCUCCAGAAUGCUAUCUCCAAAUUAGUUGGCUGUGCAAUGGAAUGGCAGGUGGAAUUCAGUUACGAUGUACAAAGUGACACACAACCCCAAGGGUAUUUUAACUUCCCAGGACACUAACUCUUCUUACAAGUGGCCACUCUGGAACCAAAGCAAUUUCAGAUGAAGACUGUAACAUCAACUCAGGACAAAGGAUUGUUUAUCACACUUACAAGCAUUACUUGGCUUACUGAUGCCAGGUUGUUUGUAUUAUUAACAUUUUUGUGAAUUGCCACUGUUGAUAAUAGUGUAAUUCUCGUCACCUGUCCUUUUUUGUAUCUCACUUCCUUCUGACUUCACUGUUUAAAAGCACCCCUACACUAGGAUAAUGCUUUGUGCAUUUGAUGCAUGGAACUGUAGCUGACAAAGGUGUAUGCCAUUAUACAUGUUAGUCUUUAAGGUUCCACGAGACUCUUCUUGAUUUUGCUAAAACUGAAUGCAUUUUGGAUUGAUUGUCAGCCUUAGCAAGAGGGCUGCCUGCUACCUGCCACUCACACUUAAGGAGGAUAGAAGCUCUGUGGAGCAAGACUCGUGAAAAACCUGUUUGAUUUCCUUUCAUCAAAUGGGUGGUUUGACUUCCACACCCUUCUUCUUGACUUUCAGCAUCAUUCACUCCGUUUGGGGAAAGAGGAGGGUGAAGGAAAGCAGCCUCUUGCCUUCUGCCUGGUGGGAGAUUGACGGUUACUGAAAACAGCGGGGAAUCCAAUUAAGUUCUGAGGCUCUUAAAUAUAGAGCUGUUGGAAAGGGAUUAGGCUUUUGCCUGAUGUUAUACUUAGCCUGUGAAAUUUGCCACCAUAGUGGUUCACUGAGAGGUCAAAUAAUCAUAAUUGUGCUCAUCAGUCUCAUUUAGAGAGCUUGAAGAUUUAUAACCAAAGCAUAAGUGUUAGCAAAUCAAAACACAAGAAUGAACUCCCCCCCCCCCAUGCAGAGCAAACUGCACAAAUCAGGAAAGAAUAUGCAUCUCUACAUUUUGCAAAUCAUGUCUACAAAACUUUUGGCUCCUUAAGUCACAUGGGGCCCAGUACCCAUGUCAUUGCCAAUGGCCAGAUGAUGGACAGCUCACCUGCUUUGUCCAGUUCCAGGAAGGCAGCCAAAUGAAAAGUGGAUUGUCUCUAGUAGGCUUCUAUGCAUGUCUAAUGAACUAGGCUUUACUUGGCAUGCCAUAAACUGGCACUUGGAUUUGUGGAGGGGGGAGUCAAGAGGUUGCUUUGGUUUUUCUUGUUAUACGUGAGCUUCAAGCUUUCUCAAACCUUUAAUGACAUCAUGCUUCAUUUAUGAACGUGUUUAUAUCCCGCCCUCUCACAAAACAUCAGGGCAGGGUAUAGCAACCUAAAAAUAAAAACCUUGAAAAGCGGUACAGAAGGAUCUGUUGGCAUAAAAGGUCUUCGAGAUACGCCUGAAAAUUAAAAGUGAGGAUGACUGCCCAAUCAUUGCUGGAAGAGUGUUUGAGCAUGGGACCAGCAACACUUUUAGUAGUAGCAGCUGGUGCAGCUGGUGCUGUAGUUGUUACUUGAUUUAUGAACUGUUUCCAAUGAUCUCAAAAAAAUUUAAAAUACAAUUAAAACAUGUAUAAAAUAAUUACAUAGAUAGGAACAAAACAGCUGCAGAUAUAUAUUUUUUAAAAAUGCAGGUACAUGGAAAACCAUUUAAAAAUGGCAGCAAUUGCAUAUUUUAAAUCAACUUUCUGGAUCUUCCUUGUGAACAGAAAAAUGAAGCGGGGAGAGAAAAUGAACAUUAAGAAUCAGCUGUUAAUGUUUUCCUUAGUUUCUCAUUUUUACAUUCUUUGGGAAACCACAUUUUUUUCGCACCUCUUUGUGGACUUUUAAAAUCCAACAUGAAAAUCCAUACUUACACUUUGUGUGCGCACUUUAUCCUAAUAAAUGCUUUUCUUUUCUUUUCUUUCCUUUUCUUGUGUGCACAUUUUGGUUUGGAGAACAGCAUCACAAAAUUUGUAGAAGUGCAAAUUUCAAAGGCUAACCAUGUUUCAGUUUGCAUAUUGGUCCAGGAAGUGCGAAUUAGGUUUGCAUUAAAAUCUGUAGCUCAGUGGUUAAGCACCUGUUUUGCAUGCAGAAGGUUCCAAGUUCUAAUCCUGGCAUCUCUAGGUAGGACUGAGAGAGAACCCUGCCUGAAAUCCUGAGGAGCUGCUGCCAGUCAGUGUGGACAAUAUUGAGCUAAAUGGGCUAAUGGUCUGAGUUGGUAUAAGACAGCUUUCUAUGUUCAUAUGUCUUUCAGGAAAGGACCAUACCUCAGUGCCAGAGCAUCUACUUUGCUUGCAGAAGGUCUCAAGUUCAAUCUCCUGUAUGUUUACGGGAGGAGAGAGAUCCUGCCUGAAACCCUGGAGAGUUGCUGCCAGUCUGUGUAGACAAUAAUGGGCUAGAUGUACCAAAUGGUCCGAACUCAGCAGGAGGUAGCUUCCUAUGUUCCCAAGUUCCUACAGAAAUAAGCUCCCUGAAGUAUUCAAAUACCACAAAAAAAUAGCAAAAUAAGACAGCUAAUUUCUCAAUAGCCCUGUCUAUGAAGGUUUUAUUAACUUUUUGGUGUGGAGAUUCUCGUGAGAGCUAUGUGUCCGUCCCUUGAUGGUUUGUAGGUUUAGGUUUGUAGGCCUUGGUUAACAGCAGCUGAAUAAUUGUACAGAACAGGAAGGGGAAAUUGAUUCUCAGGAUGGCUGUUUGUGAACCCUCCUUGAGCGCCAGGCCUUACUCCCCAUACAGAAUUUGGCAAAAGCAGAAAAAAAGUGCUACCGUGACUUGGUUUCCAAUUCUCCUUGUCAGCCUUGGGUGUCUCUAGUGACAGAGGGCAGAGAAUGUAAGGAAUGUACUAGGGAGAGGCACCUCUUUGCCGAAGUGCAGGGGGGAGAGAGAGAGAAGGAGGGGGAGACUUUCUGCUGUGGAAAGAGAAACCUGUUUGAUCCCCUGAAGGGCAAAAAAACACACACCCACAUUGUCAUCUCCCUCCCAUAACAAGGCUGGGCCUCUUUUUUUGGCAAGGGCAGCCUGAGCUGUCUGGGACGCAUUCUGGCUUGCCCACACCUCCGCCGCUGAGCGCAUAAGGACUAGCAGGGAGAGCACUGCUCCAGCCACAGCUGUGAGGGCAGGAGUCCUGUUAAAUGCUCGAAGACACCUUUGGAGAAGGGACCCACUGCCGCUGAGGUUACAAGUAAGUACCACCUUUUUGGUUUCAAAGAUGAGAGGGUUUCCUCUCUUGCCCUUCUUCCUCUGCUCUUUUCCUCCCUUCCCUUGAUUAUCCUUUCUUUGAGGUGGGAGGACAGUUUGCCACCACAGAUCAACAGCUUCUGGAAAGCGACUUCCCCAACGCGCCACCUGUUGGGCUCGAUGACCCUCAUGGUCCCUUCCAAAUUUACGAUUCUAUGAGCUGGCCUGGCUUUGAACAGUUAUUUGGGCUGGCAUACUAUAUAUUUAAAGCACAUCACUUUCCUUCAAAGAACCUUGGGAACUGUAGUUUGUUAAGGGUCUGGUGAAUUGUAGCCAUGAGAAGGGUAAGCCAUAGUUGCCAGGAUUCUUUGGGGAGAAACAAUGUGCCGACCCACAGCUGAAAAAGGUUGCUGACCCCUGCUCUAACCACUAAGCCACACUAUGCUCUUUAUAGAUCCAGCUUGGCAGGUGCUAGCAUAGUCCAUUGCUUUGUGUUAACAAUUGCCACUUCCUCCCCUCCCCACCCCCCCACCCCAGCAGAUUUCCUGAAAUGUUAGCUUUAUAUUUUCCUCCAGUAUGCAGAUGCAAUGAUGUGAAAUGUUGCUGCGGUUCUUAUUUCUUAUGCAAAUCUCUUCCUUGGUGCUCAUUGCUAUUUCUACUGAUCUUUACAACAGCCCUGUAAGGUAGGCAAGUCCUGGAGAGGAGGUGGCGUUUGAGCCAAAAACACUGCAGCACUUUCUCUUAAUUACAACACUUGCUGUGUUAUAUAUACAGUACUGUGAACGUCUGUCUGCCAUACAGCUGUUAGCAUCAUUGGUACAAAAGGUUGCUUAACUGGGGAAGUGGGAGAAGGAUUUGGCAUCAUUUUGCUGAGGGGUCCUCUGCCCUCCACCUUGCUGGAAGCACACAACAGGGUCAAAAAAAUGAUAGAAUUAUGGAGCUGGAAGCAGGAGUGCCUGCUUAGCCUCCAACUGUGGGUGCCCAGGGCCGUGAGCACCAUGCAGCUUGCAUGACCAUGGCACCAGAAUUUGUGGGUGCCCAGCCCUUCAUGGGGAAUUUUGUGGGUGCUAGGGCACCCAGGGCCCCAGGGAGUUGGCAUCUAUGGCUCCAAGGCACCUUGGCAGAUGCUCUAUGAAUAUCUUUGGGUGGGGGUGCUCCCAAAUAGACACUGGACUUUAUCAUCAGUAACCCCAUGAAGAGAAUGCCAAUUUUAAGAGAUCUGCAAUAAUGUAGGUGUCAGGUGUUUUCUGCUUUUUAGAGACAUCCCUCAAUUGGUAAUGUCCAACAUUCAUUUUUCAUUAUUUCUUUGCAGGCCUCCAGUGCCUUUUAACAGAUACAAAGCAGGCAGAAAUUCAGCUGGUGAAGUUCACCCAACAUUUAUCUGUGGCAUUUUUUAACCCUGUUGCAAGGUGCUUAGGGUAGCGUACGUGGUUCUCUCAAACCUAUUCUAUGUUCACAACAUUCCUGUGUGGUUGGAGAAACACAGAGUGUGACUACUCCAUGGUAAUUUGGUGAGCUUUAUGGCGGAGUAGCGAUUUGCGUCUGCAACUCCCAUUAUGCAAUACUGCCUUCUCAGUAUGUGGGUGCAGUGAUGAAGAACUUCCUCUGUGGGAUUUCUGCCUGCUGUGCCACCGUUAAAUCCUUGCCAGGGAAAAAAAAUGGUUCUCCAGCUCAGAGUUUUCACUUGCGUAUUUAAACAUCUUUUAAGUUGCUUUUCAAGGUAAAUAUCUUCCUAUGGCAGCUUACAAUGCACAAUUCUAAUUACACAAUUCAUAACUGUACAAUGUUGUAGAAAUCAGGCGAACAAGCACCAGUGGGCUGCAGUUUAAGAAGUGCAUCUGCCUUCCUGGUGGUGGUUCUUCCAUCAAAUUUUUGUUGAGAAUCUGUCACAAUAAGAAAGAAGGAAAUGUCUGAGUAAGGGAGGAGAUGAUAGAAUGGGCAGUGCUGAAGAGUCCCUCCCUCAGCCUCAGUUUUUCACCUGAUCACAAAUCCUGUUAUCUUCCCGUCCUCACACCCAGGCCUCUAACUGUCAUAAUGGCAAACAGCACAGAUGCUGUUGUGAUAGUAUCAUAAUAACAGGCCUUGUCCACAUCCACGAUUACCUUGUGUUUGCAUCUGUUUGUGUUCCCAAUUUAAUUUGCAGCAUCCGCAUUACCUUCCAACAAUACCAAUCUCAGUGUUUUCCUUUUGUAUCCUACUUGGUUCACAGAUUAUUUGUUUCAGUGCUUUUGGGUUGGUAGGCAAUAAAUGACCACUUUCUGCUACUGCCUUUUCCAUUCCCACUACUUCCUCAAUACUUCCAUUUCUUUACCAGCUGUACUCAAGGAAUCUCUACCCCCUUUCGAUCCCUCGGAUAUGCAUGAAACUGGGAAACUGCAUGCACAAGCAAUAUUACAAUUGCAUAUCUGUGUGCUUUGGACACUUCUCAUGCAGGAAGUAAAAAAAAAAAUAUGCACAACUAUCGGCACACAUGCCCUGUUGAUACUUAAUUGACAUCAUGAAAUCAACAAAUAAGAAUGUUGGGAACAAACACAAAAGGGAAUGCCCAGUCAUAUAAUCAGGAAUGACUGAAGUGGCUCCUCAUAUACAAAUUCAAAUGCACACAGGUGUGGACUACUCCAGUCUACUUCACAUGGGGAAAAGUGGGCUAAUAGCUAAAUAAUGCUCAAAUGUAGACAAACCCAUAGUUGCACCAAGGAGUGAGGAAGUGGCUUCUUUUAUAGCACCCUCUGCAUUCCAUCAGAAAACCCGCACUUUUCUCUCUUCAAAAAUUAAAAAGCCACAGAUUCUCCAGCCCUGAUCUAGUCCACUAUCAUUUGUGCUCCCAAAAGUAAAACUUGCUGAUAUAGAUGGUGUUCCCAAGCCAGGGCUCUCUAUGUUCUCUGUCUGACUGCCUCAUUUGGUACUGAAUGCCAAAUUCAAUAUAAUUAAGAAUCCAUCAGCUUCCUCUAUCAUCUAUCUAUCAUCUAUCUAUCUAUCUAUAUCUAUCAUCUAUCUGUCUAUCAUCUAUCUAUCAUCUAUCUAUCUAUCUAUCUAUCUAUCUAUCAUCUAUCUAUCAUCUAUCUAUCUCACCACCAUCAUAGUAAACAUAGCUGUGGUCUGAACCACAGAGCAUCAGGCUUGCCGAUCAGAAGGUCCGCGGUUUGAAUCCCUGUGACGGGGUGAGCUCCCGUUGUUCGGUCCCAGCUCCUGCCCACCUAGCAGUUCAAAAGCACGUCAAGUGCAAAAAGAUAAAUAGGUACCACUCUGGCGGGAAGGUAAACGGCAUUUCCGUGCACUGCUCUGGUUCACCAGAAGCGGCUUAGUCAUGCUGGCCACAUGACCCAGAAGCUGUGGACAAACGCUGGCUCCCUCGGCCUACAGAGCGAGAUGAGCACCGCAACCCCAGAGUCGACCGCGACUGGACCUAGCGGUCAGGGGUACCUUUACCUUUAAACACAGAGUAAACAUAUUAGUAAACAUAGAGGCAGUAAAUACGGAGGUGCCCAAGUAGCCUCUCCUCCACACACCAACCAAGUCCAGACAUGCUUAGCUUCAAUGAAGGCAUUGUGUUAUGUGUCCAAACGUAGGGCAAUCUUGGAAGUGUGUGAGUGUGUGUACCUUGGCAUUUCUGAAAUCAGGGUCAGGGAGGAGCAGAAUAUGAUUUCCAGUCAUUUGCAAGUAGACUCUCGGUGCCUUGUACCACCCUUCUCUGCUCUUUCUCCUAAUUGUAGGUGGAGAAUAAUCUCAUGCACAAGAAACAGAAAUAUGCAAAGAUAGUUAAUCUGUACAAUAUAUGCAGGUUAAAGAAGUGGGUUACCUUAUCAAAAUUAAUGAAUUGAUAAGUGUAUGGCAGGAGCUGGAGCAGCUCUGGCAAAUAAAACUUUCAGAUCUGUGAUGCUGCUUUAUGCUUCGUUAUACCCGAUGUUCCAUUUUAGUCCAAGGGCUCAUCAGCCCCAGCUAGCAUAGAUAAUGGCCAGGGAUGGUGGUGGGAACUGGAGUCCAACAUCUGGAGAUUCACAGGUUUUCGACCUCUUAUGUAAAUCAAUAUCAGACAUGCUCUGAAUGCUGCUGAUUCUGUAGAAGACUCAGGCAGGGGGGAGUCUUUUCCAGUUUUCUCCUGAGAUGCUUUUAAUCCCAGGGAACUGAACCUUCUGCAUGCAAAAUUGUGUGAUGUAUUCUACCACUCAACUAUAAUUUUCCCCAUUUGCUGCAACCCACUCUCUCAUGGUCUUAUAUGAAACAGUCUUAUAUUAUGAAACAGUCUUAUAUUAAGACUUAUUAUAUGAAACAGUCUUAUAUUAACUCUAGCUCUGGUAACUCUGGUACCUACUGUCUGUAGGGUGUGUGUGACUUUCUCAGCCAUGGGACAUCCUUUUCCGGAGAUGCCAGUGAUGGCGCAUGGGGCUCCUCCAGCAUGCAAAGUUACACAUCGCCACAAAAGAGGAUAAUAGUGAUUUGCAACACUCCCCUCCAAAAUGUCCUAAUGUUUACAUAUGGAUACAGAUUUAGAAAUACAGUAACUUCUUUAAUAUGAGUAGAACUAAAAUGCAUCUCAUCAUAGUGGGAGACAUGAAUGUGACCAUAUGAACUUCUGAGAACAUAAGGAAAGUCCUGCUGGAUCAGGCCAAUGGUCCAUCUAUUGCAGCAACUUGUUCCUGCAAUGGCCAACCAGAGGCCUGUGGAAAACCUGCAAGCACUCUCUGGUAACUGGUAUUCAAAGAUAUUAGCCUAGAACAUAGGAAGUGGUCAUAUAUGGAGCCAGAUCAUUGGUCCAUCUCACUCAGUAUUGUCUGUACAAACUGGCAGCUGCUCUCUUUGGUUUCAGAUGCUGGUCUCUAGCAGUCCUACCUGGAGAUGCCAGAGAUUAAAUUUAGGACCUUCUGUAGGCAAAGCAUGUGCUCUCCCCUUGAGCUGUGGCACUUUCCUUGUGGCCUUUGUGCGCCUUCUAAGUCUGCUCUUUGGCUACCAACUGUGGAUGGGCAACUUCAAGGCCUCUGCAGGUUUUCCUUCUUGCAGCUCUUGGACUGCAGAGCCCUUAGAGGAUGCUUUCAAACCAAGAACUAUCAUCUGCGCAGCAGGACACUUGGCUGCCUUAAUGCAAAGCAGAUGCUCGACCACUGAGUUAAUAGGCCCUCGUCUAGUUGUGCAUUGGGGGGGGGGGGGUUGCUUUUCAUUGAGCAGUGACUUCUCUGAAGUGAAUCUAAUAAGCUGCCUUCUGCUCUGUUUAUUACAAAACAAAAACAAAAACUGAUUGGCAGCAGAUCUCCAGGAUUUCAGGCAUGAGACUUCCCCUGGAGAUGCUGGGGACUGGACCUAAUCUCCAUUGCUCUAUGCAAGCUCCUUUCCAGUGACACACACACACACACACACACCUCCCAACGCUUCUUCUAUUUCUGUAAUUGGCAUGGAAGGCUGAGUCUAGCGUGGGUAGCACUCCUCUUCUAAUUGCUGUUCCUGCUAAUGCUGAACAGAGUUUAUGCCUUAUUGAUUUGAUCAGAUAUGUGCAUAAAAUUGUGGGGUAUGAAUCAUUUGUUUUGCUACCAGAGAACUUUGAUUUAUUAAUCAGUUGGCUUAUUAUUAUUCCACUUUCCUUAUGGCCCAAACCCAUCAACUGUCAGGGCAAGGCUGCAUGUACAUUGCUACUUACUCCAGCUCCAGCGCACUCCCACCACUGGUGAUUGAAGCGGAGUACACAUGACAAUAGCCACAUUCAUAGGUAUCCUGUAGCUUCUUGAGAAAUCCCCCUGUUUGAAGUACUUUCCUUCAAACCAUCUUCCGUCUGAUUUGAGAACAGAAGCCAUGGUGCAUACGUUUCAGGCAGCUAUUGUGCAUAGAAAAACAAUUCGGAUAACGCACAUUAGAUGAAGACAUCCCUGCUGCCUCUCUGAUCUGCACAGCAGUGUAAGAAUACGAACCGCAAUGCAAGGGAGGGGUGUGUGUUGACCUUACUGCGUUUCAUGCCACUGAUGUGUGCAUAACCCACACUUGCAGUUCUGUCAUAUACGAAGACGCGACUACCAUUGGCUCAGAUGGCUUUUAAUGAAGAGUUUAUUAGACACAUUUGUUUUGUUUGGACCUGUACUGUAUAUUACCUGCUUUUCUGGAAUGUAGUCUACAACAACAGCAGGGGUGACUGUCCUGAGGAAGUAACCUGCCUGGCAAACAUCUCAAAUACUCACACACUUGCAUGAGGCCCAUCCGGAAUACCACUUGAGGGAGGCAGACUUACUCCUUAGUCCAUCAAUGUUACAGACCAGGGGUGAGGAACUUUGUUCAGAGUGAGGGCAGCAUUCCUUUCUGGGCAGCCUUCUGGGGGCCACAGGCCAUUGUUGGGUGGGGCCACAGGCAAACGUGGGCCAAGCAACACAGGUAAAUUUUACCAUUGUACAGUAGGCUACUUUUGAGAAACGCCCCUCCGUAUUCUCCAACCAGACAAGUGAAAGUUAAGAUCAGAGUUCAAGGAACAUUCCAGCCAGGCAAAUACACUCAGGAUGUGAAGCAAGGCCAGGGAGGGUUGUGGCCUUAGGAGAGUUAUAAGGGCCAGAAAGGUUGGCCUCAAGGGCCACAUGCACCCACACUUGUAAGCAUGUGUUCAAUAGACACUAAGAUCCCAAAAGGCUCAGUACCUGUCUGAUAACCACAGGAAAGGAGUUCCAAAACACUGGGGCCAUUGCACGAAAAGCCCUGCUUGAGUUUCCAUGGAGCAGGACCUCUGAGGCAUGAGGCAUUACAAGAGUGUAUAAACCCUGGUGACCUCAAUGAUUGCACUUGUAUACCUUUUCCAAAGGUAAAGGGACCGCUGACCAUUAGGUCCAGUCGUGGCUGACUCUGGGGUUGCGGCUCUCGUCUCACUUUAUUGGCCGAGGGAGCUGGCGUACAGCUUCCGGGUCAUGUGGCCAGCAUGACUAAGCCGCUUCUGGCGAACCGGAGCAGCGCACAGAAACGCCGUUUACCUUCCCGCUGGAGCGGUUUUUGUUUAUCUACUUGUACUUUGACAUGCUAGGUUGGCAGGAGCAGGGACUGAGCAACGGGAGCUCACCCUGUCGCAGGGAUUCGAACCGCCAACCUUCUGAUCGGCAAGUCCUAGGCUCUGUGGUUUAAUCUACAGCGCCACCCGCGUCCCUUUUCCAAAGCUAUUCAGGGCUUUUUAGGCCGAAAGAAUAUAACCUGGUCCAGUAGUAAGGAUUUACAUUUAAAGGUGAGCCUACCUAAUUCUCACUUUCCGAAACGGUACAUGAAUCAGAACGGAGCUGUCUGUCAAAAUUUGCACUUUGCUGAAUUUUGCAACACAGCUCUCCAACCAAGUAAUGUGUACAAAAAUGCAAAUGCCAGAGUAUAGUGUGCAUUAAAAUAAAAUGUGUAAUUUUUUAUUUUUUUUGCAAAAAUGUGCGUAUCAGGAGGAAUUUGCCCUAAAAUGCUGAUGAAUUUGUUAUGACUUUAAAAUUAUUAUGCGCUGGUGUGGAAAUGUGGAGGAUUGAAUUUAAGACUGGGAAAAUGAAAAACUGGGAGGAACUGAAAUUGACAGAUUCAUCCAUCCAUAGAGUAGCUUACUGGCAGCCCGUGCAGAUCCCUCAGCACAGAUGUUACAUGAUAGUGAUACAGGUCUCUUCAUUCUCUGCAUUCUGCACCAGCUGCAGCUUCUGGACCAAGCUUAAGGCAACUCCAUGUUCGGAGCAUUACAGUAAUAAAGCAUCGAAGUUACUAAUGCAUGAACUGUACCCUAGAACACCAGGAAUGUUUCAGCUGUUUUACUAGCCAAAGCUGGUUAAAGGCACCCCUAUGUAUUGAAUGGGACAUGGGUGGCGCUGUAGGACUUGCCGAUUAGAAGGUCGGCGGUUCGAAUACCCGCGACGGGGUGAGCUCCCGUUGCUCGGUCCCUGCUCCUACCAACCUAGCAGUUCAAAAGCACAUCAAGGUGCAAGUAGAUAAAUAGGUACCGCUCCGGUGGGAAGGUAAAAUGGUGUUUCCGUGCGCUGCUCUGGUUCGCCAGAUGCGGCUUAGUCAUGCUGGCCACAUGACCCGGAAGCUGUACGCCGGCUCCCUCUGCCAAUAAAGCGAGAUGAGCGCCGCAACCCAGAGUCGGUUACGACUGGACCUAAUGGUCAGGGGUAUCUUUACCUUUACUUUAUGUAUUGAAUACACCUGAGCCUCCAUCAACAAGGCUGGAAUUUCCCUAGACUACAGAGUAAAUGCAACACUGUCGGGAGCAGGUAACUGGCCUGUUUUAUAGACAUGGGAACUGCUAAUCCAGGGGCAAAACUAGGCUUUAUUUCACCUGGAUCAAAGACCCAGUUUGGCACCCCUGGGAGCCUCAAUGGCACCCCUCUGGAGGCUUCACCCAGGGCAAAAAACCCCAGCUAGCUCCCCUUCCCCAGAGCUACAGCACUAGCUAAUCCAACAUGCCUCCAUUUUGCCAGGAUCCAGACUCCGCUAGUUGCCUCUUAUCCAGCCCUUGACUGUGUCCAGACACACAUCCAAUGCUUGCACAUCCAAUGCCUUUCCUGACUGAAGUGUUAUGGGGGCAGGGAGUUUCUGUUAAUGGUUGUUUUGCUGGUCUCUGUAUUGUUUUCAGCUUCUCCUUAAAGCUAUUUAAAUGAUAUAUGAGCUUGCCUCUUGUGGUUGCUUUUACAGUAGGUGAGCCAACUUGUGUGGGCUUUGCCUUAAAAGUCAGCGUAAAAAGAAAAGAUUUUCACACCAAACACUGCAAUCAGGGAUGCACAAAGCUGCCAAUUUCAGUUUAUCUCUGUUUCAUUUCUUAAUUUCAGUUCUCCAAAUUUCCACAUCAAUUUUCAAAAUUUAUUUUAAAAGGUACUAAUGAAAAUUCCUCCCCAUUUUAGCAUAAAAUUUCUCCUAAUGUACAUGUUUUUCUAUGCAAUUUUGUCUAAUCCACACAUUUUUGGAAGCAAUUUUCCCCAACAUAAUGCAUUUUGGUAUGCUAUUUUUACUAAUAUAUGCAUUUUUUAAUGCACACUUUACCCUAGUCUACACAUUUUCAUAGACAUUAUUUGGCUGGAGAGCUACAUUGCAAUAUUCAAAGAAGUGUGAAUUUUGAAGGAUGGCCAUGUUUCAGAUUGCAUAUUGUUGUGAAUUAGGCAGGAUCACCUUUAAAGGCAAACUAUAUUUUCUCCAUGAUCCUUAAAUCCUGAAAGUGAGACGAGCGCUGCAACCUCCUAGUCACCUUUGACUGGACGUAACUGUCCGGGGUCUUUUACUCUUUACCUUUUACUAUUUGGACCUUCAGCAUGGGCAGGGGUUGCUAGCAUGGCACCCCUGGGUACACCCAUGCUCCCACAAAGACCCUCGCACUGUUACAGGAGCCUCAAACUCUUCUUGCAAAUGGGUAAUUUUAGACUCUAGAGUUAAUGGGCUUCCAGUCAGUAAUGUGUAUGACUUCCACUUGUUUCAAAUUGCAUUAUAGCCUGCCUGUUUAGAAGGCAGAUGUGUAUUAUUUCAAAAAGCUUCAAAAUGUGGCAAAGCACAUUUUUCAAUAAUAAUAAUAAUAAUAAUAAUAAUAAUAAUAAUAAAUUUUAUUUAUAUCCCGCCCUCCCCAGCCGAAGCCGGGCUCAGGGCGGCUAACAACAAUAAAACAGUACAAAAGUACAGCAUAAACAACAUUCUAAAAUCAUUCAUUAUAAAAUUAAUUAAUUCAAGCCACUGGCAACCAUUGGGCCAGAGCUCCGCGAAGAUUGCCGAGGGAGGGAGUCAGGCUGUGCCCUGGCCAAAGGCCUGGUGGAACAGCUCUGUCUUGCAGGCCCUGCGGAAAGAUGUCAAGUCCCGCAGGGCCCUGGUCUCUUGUGACAGAGUGUUCCACCAGAUCAGAGCCAUGGCCGAAAAAGCCUUGGCUCUAGUUGAGGCCAGCCUAACUUCUCUGUGGCCUGGGACCUUCAAGAUGUUUUUAUUUGAAGACCGUAAGUUUCUCUGUGGGGCAUACCAGGAGAGGCGGUCCCGUAGGUACGAGGGUCCUAGGCCGUAUAGGGCUUUAAAGGUUAAAACCAGCACCUUAAACCUGAUCCUGUACUCCACCGGGAGCCAGUGCAGCUGGUAUAGCACCGGGUGAAUGGGAUCUCGCAGCGAAGACCCCGUAAGGAGUCUCGCUGCAGCAUUCUGCACCCGCUGGAGUUUCUGGGUCAGUCUCAAGGGCAGCCCCACGUAGAGCGAGUUACAAUAAUCCAGUCUGGAGGUGACCGUCGUGUGGAUCACAGUGGCUAGGUCAGGGCGAGAGAGGUAAGGAGCCAACUGCUUAGCUUGGCGGAGAUGGAAAAAUGCCGCCUUUGUUGUAGCUGCAAUCUGCGCCUCCAUGGAAAGGGAGGUGUCGAAGAUUACACCCAAACUCUUAAAGGAUGGUGCUGGCACUAAUUGCGUCCCCGCAAGAGAUGGGAGUUGCCCCCCCAAUCCCAUAUCGUCCCGUCCCAGCCACAGGACCUCUGUCUUCUAAGGAUUUAGCUUCAACCGGCUCCCACGUAACCAUCCAGCCACAGCUUCCAAACAUCUGGUCAGUGUGUCUGGGGUCGAGUCAGGAUGGCCAUCCAUCAACAGAUAGAGUUGGGUGUCAUCGGCAUACUGAUGGCAACCCAGCCCAAAACUCCGGACAAGCUGGGCGAGGGGCACAUAAAGAUGUUGAAAAGCAUCGAGGAGAAUAUCGCACUCUGAGGUACUCCACACACCAAGGAGUGGCGCGAUGACAAUUCCCCCCCAAGCGCCACCCUCUGUCCCCGACCAGAGAGAAACGAGCGCAGCCAUUGAAGGACUGUGCCCUGGAUCCCCACGUCGGCAAGGCGGUGGUCCAGAAGUUCGUGAUCGACCAUGUCGAAAGCUGCUGACAGAUCUAGAAGAAUCAGCAGCCCCGACCCACCUCAAUUCAGCUGUCUACGAAGAUCAUCUGUUAGGGCAACCAGAGCCGUCUCGGUCCUAUGACCAGCGCGGAAGCCGGACUGGAAUGGAUCCAGAGCCGAUGUUUCAUCCAGAAACCCACCAAGUGUUGCGAGGGGGCUCUUGUACAGUGGGGCCCUAGACUUCUGCUCCAAAGCCCUGCCCUGUUGUACCCAGAAAACAGGGUCAGUGAUUUACCAUUGGAGCACAUAGGUGGUGGCUGUUGUUAUUAUUGCUGUUACAUUUCACUUCCAUAGUACAGGCAUAUGAAAAUAGAUCUAUGCAGUAUGCAGAAUCGCAAUUAGAACCAAAAAGGCACCUUACAUGAAAUCAAGCAUUAUGUAAUUUAAUUAUCACAUCAGAGGCUAGGAAGCUGAAAUCAAAGCAGAAAUCCAAGUGCACCUCCUUAGGACAAUUUCUAGAGUGUUGCUGAUGCUCCAGUGUUGGGGGAGCUUCCUGAAACUGGCUGUGCAGGCUUGUAGCAGCCACAGGGCCUCCAUCCUCUUUAGGUAGAUGAAUCUGUUGAAUAAUCAUUAGGAAUUAAUUAUAGGUAACAACAAUAAUUACGGACAGCUGAAGUGGGGCGAGGCACUUCAGAAAUGCCAAUAAUAACUGGAAUUUCUGCCUGUCAGAAAGCUGUUAGAGGCAACAAAUCUCUAUCAGGUACUGGUGGUAGCAGUCAAGAGUGGGAGGCAACAGCAGUCCUAAUUAAUAAUAAUAAUAAUAAUAAUAAUAAUAAUAAUCUGGCCGAGUUUCCCCAGCCACUCUGGGCGGCUCCCAAUCGAGUGUUAAAAACAACAAUACAGCAUUAAAUAUUAAAAACUUCCCUAAAUAGGGCUGCCUUCAGAUGUCUUUUAAAAAUAGGAUAGCUGCUUAUUUCCUUCACAUCUGAAGGGAGGGCGUUCCACAGGGCAGGCGCCACUACCAAGAAGGCCCUCUGUCUGGUUCCCUGUAACUUGGCUUCUCGCAGUGAGGGAACCGCCAGAAGGCCCUUGGCACUGGAUCUCAGUGUCCGGGCAGAACGAUGGGGGUGGAGACACGUAUACAGGACCGAGUAUAUAUUUAGAGUCCUCCCUUUAUCCUGUCUUUCAGAACUGCAGAAACCUAACUCCACCUCUGCAUAUGGGGCCUUAGGCACUUCCAUACCCUCCAACAUUUCACCAAUGAGAAAAGGGACGUCCUAUUCAAUAAUAAUAAUAAUAAUAAUAAUAAUAAUAAUAAUAUUUAUAACCCUGCCCAUCUGGCUGGAUUGCCCCAGCCAUUCUGGGUGGCUUCCAACAUAUAUAAAACAUAAUAAAGCAUUAAACAUUAAAAAGGAAAACUUCCCUAUACAGGGCUGCCUUCAGAUGUCUUCUAAAUGUUGUAUAGUCACUUAUCUCAUUGGUUUGGGGGGUCAGAUAACUCCAUACCCUCCAACAUUUCUCUGACAAAAAUAGGGACAUCCUAAGGAAAAGGGACAUUCCUCCCUCUUAACGGGACUCUCCUGUUUGGUGUCCCAGCAGGGCAUUCUACUUUCCUCCUGUGCUCUGCGUUGUCUUCCUGCAUCCCAACCUUCACUCAUUCCUCCUUGUGCUGUUACUUCCCGGGGGCGGGGGGUGUUGUUGUUUUUAAAUAAAUAUUUGUUUAUUUUUUUUGGUAGCUCUGCAAACCUUUGGGCUCCUUUUCUCUUUGUUCUUUUUUUUAAUCUUUAAUUUUCAUUUAUAUAUAUUACAACAAUUAUUCAAUUGUAAUUUUAACAUUUCGAACUCUGACUCCCUUCCCCCUCUUUCUGUGUUUCUUUACAUUUCUUUUCAUCUCCCUGCAUAUCUCAACAUAUUCUUUUAUAUAUCUAUUCCCGUAUCUCUCAUAUAUUUUGAAACUGCAGGUUUUUACAUUAAUCCUGCCAAUGUCUUAAUCUGUUUACAGUUUAUAAAUACUCAAUAAACCAUUUCCAUUCCUUUCUUUUAAAAGUGUUAUCUUGGUUUCUUAUUCUUCAAGUAAGUUUCCCCUUUUCUGCGUAGUCCAUUAACUUCUGUAUCCAUUCUUCUCUCAUCGAGACCUCUUCUUCCUUCUAUUUUUGGGCCAAUAACAUUCUUGCAGCUGUGGUUGCAUACAUAAAUAAAUUUCUAUACUGUUUAGGUAGGUCUGAUCUCAUAAUUCCCCAAAGAAGCUUCUGGUUUUUAAAAUAAAUGUGUUCUUAAACAUCUUUUUCAGUUCAUUAUAUAUCAUUUCCCAGUAAGCUUUAACCUUAUUACAAGACCACAUUUCUCUUUACAUUUCCAGCACAUAUUCAAUUUCUAUUUAUACAUUUUGGCCAAUAUACUGGGUGUUAGGGACUAUCUAUAUAACAUUUUCAUAUAAUUUUCUCUUAAACUAUAACAUGCUGUAAAUUUUAGAUCCACAUUCCAUAAAUGUUCCCAUGCACCCAUUCCUAUAUUAUGAUCAAUAUCUAUUGCCCAGUGUAUAAUUGAAGAUUCACUUGUUUGUCCUUUGUCUUCCAUUUCAAUAACAUCUUAUACAUUUCAGAUAACACUUUAAUAUUACAGUUUAACAGGUCUCUUUCUAGUUGUGAUUUUUGUUCCCCAAACCCCUACUUCAUAUCCUUUUUAAAUACUUCAUUCAAAUGAUGAUAUUGUAACCAUGUUGUUAACACCUCUGAUAAAUACUUAAAUUCUUUUAAUUUAAAUUUUCCACCUUCUUCUCUUAAUAAAUUUCUAUAAGUUGCCCAAUUUUCCAUCAUAUUUUUCUUCUUUACUGCUAUGGCUUCCAAAGGUGAAAGCCAUAGUGGUGCUUUGGUCUCCAACAAGUUUUUAUACUUAUCCUUACUCUAUACAAUUUUUUCCUGAUUAUAUGGUUUGUAAAACCUUUAUGUACUUUCGCCUUUUCAUACCACAAGUAAGUGUGCCAACCAAAAAUAUUAUCAUGACCUUCCAGAUCUAAAAUAUGUGUAUUCUUCAAUCCUUCAACCAGCACUGAGAAGAUGCUUUAUAAUAUAAUCUCAUAUCCGACAGGGAAAAACCUCCUCUCUCUUUCACAUCUAUCAGUAUUUUAUAUUUUAUUCUCGGUUUUUUCCAAAGCCUUAAACAUAAAGUCCCAGAAGUCAUUGUCAAAUGCUUUCUCAGCAUCUAAAAACAUUAAAGCUGCUUGUUUUUUAUUUCUUAUUUCUAAAUAUUAUAUUACAUCAAUUAUGUUUCUAAUAUUAUCUUUCAUUUGUCUUCCUGACAAAAUCUGGCCUGAUCUUCAUGGAUUACCUCUUUUAAUGCAGUUUUCAACCUAUUAGCUAAUAUGUCUCCAAACAGUUUAUAAUUGUUAUUUAACAACAAAAUAGGUUGAUAGAGAUACAGAGCUGGUUAUGAACUAUCUUGCUUAUGAAACAAAGUUAUGUAUGCACUCUUCCAAGAAUAAGGUAACUCUCCUGUAUUCAAAGUUAUAUUCCUAAUAUCUUUUAAAGGUUGUAUUAGGUAAUCUUGUAAUUUACUUUAUAAUAUAUUGCUGUCCUUCAGGUCCUGGUGUCUUCCCUAAUUUUGCUGUAAAAUUGCUUGCUGUAAUUCCAUCAUUGUGACAGGUGCAUUCAGAAAUGUCUUUUUUUUUUUUUUUUGUAUCAUAGGUAGUUUGUUGUCUUCUAAAUAUUUACCCAUUUCAUCUAAAUUACUUGGUUUGGCUCAAUAUAGUUCUGUAUAAAAACUCACAAACUGAUCUCUUAUUUCUUUUCGGAUUUUCCACAACUUUACCUGCUACAUUUAGUCUAUUAAUACAGUUUUGUUUCUUCUUCUUCUUUAUUUGCCAAGCUAAUAGUUUCCCUGGCUUGUUAGCUUGUUCAAAUUGUUUCCGUUUUAAAUAUCUAAAGGUAUUUUGAUUAAAUUAAUAUAAUUAAGUUGUGCUUGAUAAGCAAAAUGUGUGUAAAAUUGCACAGAAAUAAUUAAAAAUAUUAAAUGAUUGCUAAGUACUUGCAGUUAUAUCAUUAUCAUCAUCAUUUGGCAUUACCUGUCAUUUUCAGAAGGUAACAUUUAAAUUCUUUGCUUUUCUGAAAACAGGCUUACGAACCUAAAUGUUGCCCAGCCAUAAAAAUAAUAGCAGAUUUGAAUUCCUCACACCCAAAAACAUAUUUUUAAGACCUCCCACUGAAUAAAUUUGCAAAAAUCAAGUUUCACCCCUAUAAUGACACACCCUAACAUCCAUUACGGCCUGUCCUGGCUCCCUAAAGUGUAAAGGCACACCCUGAGAUUAAAAUCUAUAAUUAGAGAGGCUGACAUCUCUAUCACUUGGGUAUGUAGGUUUUUUUUAAUACGCCCAUAUAAAUUGAUCAGGCAGUCACUAUAUAUCUAGAUGCCUACAUUUUACUGACAGCAGACUACCCCACUGCACUCACUGAGAGAUCUGGUAUGGUCUAGUGGUUAGUAUGUCAGACUAAGUCCUGGGAGGUAGGUAAGGUAAAGGGACCCCUGACCAUUAGGUCCAGUCGUGACUGACUCUGGUAUUGCAGCGCUCAUCUCGCUUUAUUGGCCGAGGGAGCUGGCGUACAGCUUCCGGGUCAUGUGGCCAGCAUGACUAAGCCGCUUCUGGCGAACCAGAGCAGCACACGGAAACGCCGUUUACCUUCCCGCCGGAGCAGUACCUAUUUAUCUACUUGCACUUUGACAUGCUUUCGAACUGCUAGGUUGGCAGGAGCAGGGACCGAGCAAUGGGAGCUCACCCCAUCGCGGGGAUUCGAACCGCCAACCUUCUAAUCGGCAAGUCCUAGGCUCUGUGGUUUAACCCACAGCGCCACCUGUGUCCCUUAAGUCCUGGGAGACUAGGGUUCAAAUCCCCACUCAGCCCUGAAGCUGGGUGACCUUGAGCCAGUCAAUUACUCUCAACCGAACCUACCUUGCAAAGGAUAGAAUGAGGGAAGAGGAAGUAUGUAUGCCACCUUGAGCUCCUUAGAAGAAAGGUGGAAUAGGAAUGUCAUAAAUAAAUAAAAUAAUAAAAUAAAUUUAUGAGUAUGUGGCCCUACAAGCAUCUCUGUCUGGCCCCAGGCUGCAGCCCCUCAACAGCUCUGCUUUGUAGCCCAAAUAUAUUUGCUUGGAUAAUGCCACUGAGUUCAGAUAAUGCCAGGAGGAUCGGGAUAUGUGCAUGUAAGUAAGUAAAAACUAUCCUACUCUGCUGAGCACUCACUAUUCCCUCCACUGGCACAUGGCACUUGGAAGAUUGCUCAGAAGUGAAUGUGGCUCUCAGACUGAAAAAGAUUUCCCAGCCCUGAUAUAUAAGAUGAUAUAUAAGAUUGUUACAUGGGCUAGCGGAAUAGGUUUAUGCAGUGCUUUUUUUCUUUAAAAAAAAUGUUUAGGGGUAUUCAUACCCCUGCGUCUCCCCAGAAAAAAAGCACUGGGUUUAUGGUCUUCGUCUAAGGGAAAGCUAUGCCACCCUCUUGGUCUUACUACAUCUGAUCCAACCACCCCUAUUUCAUACCCUCCAAGUGUCCUGCUUUUCCAAGGACAGUCCUGGAAUUACAGAAGCCAUCCCAGUUUCUAAUUUGAUCCUGGAAUGUUCCGGAUUUCCUUUCUCCUCCUCUCCUCGUCUUGAUUAAAAGUGGUGGAAAGAUCAGCCCCCCGCUCCUGUUCUUUUUGGAAAUAGGAGCUGUUGUUCUCUCUCUGUUUGUGUGUGUUUGUGUAUAGGUGCAAAAACAGAGUCCUGUUUAUACUGAAAAUACCUGCAUCAAAUGAAGAAAACAAUGAAGCUGGCAUGCAAAGCCCUUCCUAUAAUUUUGAAGGAAAAUGUAGCCAUUCCAUGUUCAAUUCUUUAAUUGCAACGCUCCAGCAGCCAGUCAUUUUUAAGGAAACGUGCAUGCAUUCUAUAGGCGUGCUAGUGGUACCAACAAGCCACAACUUAGGGAUGAUGCUUGGUGGAGGCGAAAUUCUUCAGAAGCCAGUUUCUGAAGAUGCUGAUUCAUAUUGUUAUAUUGCCAUUUAUUGUAAAUGGAGACUUAUACUGUCUACUCAGAAGCUAAGUCUCACUGUAUUCAGUGGAGCUUAUUCCCAGGUAACUGGGCAAAGACUGUGCAGUGUUAACAUCAUGAUCCUAAGCAUUUUUACUCAGAACUAAGUCCCACUGAGUUUAAUAGGAUUUACUCUUUGGUAUGGACGCGGGUGGCGCUGUGGGUUAAACCACAGAGCCUAGGACUUGCCGAUCAAGGCUCCCUUGGCCUAUAGAGCGAGAUGAGCGCCGCAACCCCAGAGUCGGCCACGACUGGACCUAAUGGUCAGGGGUCCCUUUACCUUUACCUUUUUACUCUCUGGUAUAUUCCUGAUCCUCCUCCUCCUCCUCCUCCUCCUCCUCCUCCUCCUCCUUCUUCUUCUUCUUCUUCUUCUUCUUCUUCUUCUUCUUCACCUUUUUCCCUGAGAGAGACUCAAGGCAGCAUAUAGCUAAAAUUUUAUUUCAUUCCAUUUAUCUGUAGAAGGUGUCCUAUACAAUCCCUUCCCUCUCACAUUUUUUCUUUACAACAAUCCUGUGAGACAGGUGAGGCAGAGAGAUAGUAAUUGGCUCAAGGUGACAGAUGUAUAUGGGUAUAUGACAUCUACAUGUGCGGUGAGAUCGAAUGUGGGAGAAGCUUCCUGAUGUAGAAUAGAUUGUUCCUAUUUUCAUCUGAGAGAUGUUGGAGGCUCAGUCCACAACAUGGGAAAGCACUGGGAAAGACCCUUGCCUGAGUCCCUGGAGAGUCAGUGUAGAGGCUAUACUGAACAGGCUGAGCUAAUGGAUUAAUUCAGCGUAAGGCAGCUUCCUAAGUAUCUUCUGACUCCACGUGAGAUGAGCACCGCACCCCAUAGUCGCCUUUGACUGGACUUAACCAUCCAAGGGUCCUUUACUUUUUUCCUUUGGUAAACUACUCAGGGUUGUAUCCAGCUAAGCCCACUGAAAUUAAUGCACCUCAGCUAGUCAUUCCUGUUGAUUUCAAUGGGGCUACUUUGAGUACGAGCAACAUUGAAAAUAACCUUCUGCCUUUAUUUUUGGGUUUCAGGGAUGCCUUGUUAAAAUUUUAUUUGUGUGAGUUGCUAGCAUCGUUGCCUUGGUUCAGCUUCUUCCUCAGCAUAUCCAGAAGUUACAUUUUUAUUUGUUGUGUUUAUAAGUAUCUAUAAACUGCUUAAUAAUAAUAAUAGAAUUCCAAAGUGGUGCAUGUAAAAACAAUAUACAACAAAUAUCAAUCAUAUACAAAUAAAGCCAGCAAGGUUAUAUGUCAACUUAUGUCUGAAGGUGGAUUGGCUACUUGGGAUUGGUGAGUUUUUGGAGGAGAGAGCAUUGGAGAUUUAUGACAUUUCUGUGAUGCUUGAGUUCACUUACAAAUAUUCAAGUUCAGCAAAGGUUGAGGAAGACAGCUUGACACUCUUACGAAGAACAGAUCCACUCACUGUUCCCUGUGUCAGAACUCCAGAGAUAACCUCCUACCCUUAGAAACUUUCAGCUUCGCAGAGCUCAAAGCCCACUCUCUAGCGGGGUGCUGCAAAAUGAGAAGGCCAGAGCUGACACUGAACUUCAUAAAUGGAAUGCUGAUGGGGAUCAUUGGGGGAACCUGAAAAUUAGGUGGAGCAUCUGGAAUCCUCAGUGGGGAACAAUCCAUGCUGCAACAAUUUGUUGUAGGUCACACUUAUAAGAAUAAUGUUGCAUGCAACCCCAGACUCUGAUUCCAGGGGUUCCAGGCCCAGUGUUCAGUUUACUUAGAAUGAGGGACUGCGGAGACUAUGGUGUGCUAGGAUAUAUGAUUUAUUUACACAUAUAUACAACCUGAACCUACAAUGGAGGGCCUCACAGCAUUAACACAUCUGAAAUUCUUGCUUCUUCCAUAGCCACCCAUUUAUUUAUUUUUAAAUUGUUUUUAUUAAAGGUUUUUCUUGGUUUACAAAAGUACACACAUCAUCUCUGUUUUCAGAUCAUAAAGCCCUUUCUACAGGUCAGUUAUAUUUGAUAUGAGACAUUAAUGUUGUUUACAGUAUAAAAUUGGGGGAGAAGAGAGGAGGGGAGAGAUGGGGUAGUAAACUUUCUUUCUUUUACAAUACAGUGGUACCUUGGUUUACGAACAUAAUGUGUUCCGGAAGUCCAUACUUAAACCAAAGCGUUCUUAAACCAAGCCAUGCUUUCCCACAGCAACUGAGGACUCAAUUUACAAAUGGAACACACUCAACCUAUUCUGCUUCCAAGGCAAAGUUCACAAACCAAAACACCUACUUCUGGGUUUGUAGUGUUCUUAAUCCAAGUUGUUUAUCAACUACCGGUAAGCUGUUCUUAAACCAAAGUACCACUGUAGUGUAUGUGCAAGGUUUUUGUAUCAGCCUCAUGUGGGUAGGUUCACUUUCUAUUAAAUUAUUAGUUUUGAUUGGCAUUGAGAGAGGUUGGGGGGCCCAGAGCAUGGCUGGUUGUCUUCAGUUGGCAGCAGUGAGUUGCAGAAAUCAACCAUGGCACUCUCUCUGUGGCUUCUGCCUGCCCAGUUAACACACACUAACUCCAGCUAUUGUCUUUUUCACUGCCAGCCCACUCAUUUACCCUAUGGCACAGAGCAGCUGUCUUUGUUAUGUUAACACUACUUAGGUGGUAAUGCAGUCCUUGCCUGGCUAAUUCAAUCCAUUAGAUUUUAACCCCAUGCAGACUAAGCCCCCAUACUCACAACAAUACUAACUGCAAGUCUUCAGGGGUGUCUCUUGCUCCAGAUGACUCACCAGCAUUGGGAACUGGGCGUACACAUUGCUAAAAAGCAGGAAGCGCAUAGCCAAAAAAGAGAGUGGCGUAAGAAUUGCAUAUGUUAAUUUAUUACUAUAGAUGCAAAAUUAUAAAUGGGAGGGAUUCAACAUCAUGCUCUUCUGAUCGUUCUGUCAGUAUAAACAUUUCUUUCUCUUUCUCCCCCUGCACACUGUUCUGGGUGUUCUCCUGACCCCCUCCAGAGCCAGUUUGGGGGUGGAUUGGGGGCACAAAGAGAGUGGAAAAGAGGAAACCCCAUUAUUCUAGUGGGAGCCCUUGCACACUGGUUUACUUGAAUCUGGCCCAAUGAGCUGUAUCCAAUGUUAGUCAUAGAGUAGACCCCUUGAAAUUAAAGGACAUGACUUAAUUCCAAUAAUUUCACUGAGUGCAUUCUGAGUAAAAAGUUAGUUGGAUACAACCCUGUUAUUGUAAUUUAAAGAACAGUACAAUGCAGUUCACUUUAAAAGGAAAGCCUGUGACCAGGCCGCUGUUGAUAGGGCAUCUUCAAGAAAACUGUUCUCCCUUCUUAUGGGUAUUGUUAAACUAGGCUUAAACUGCACAGCCUUUCAGAAAUAGGACUCCUUCAACUAGAAUUGGGAUGGGGAACCUGUAGCUUUCCAGAUGUUGGACUCCAACUUCCACUGCCAUAGCCAGCACAACCAGUGGUAAGGGAUGAUGGGGGGAGUUCUAGUCCAGAAACAUCUGGAUGUCCACAGGCUCCCUACCCCUAAACUGGAAGGCUGUCCUCUGCAAAGCGAGGCAUCCUACCUGAGCUGCUGUGUUAUAAAACCACUAAGAGGCCACGCAACUUGGCACUUUCAUCCUGUCCCGUCUCUCAUACAGACCCACGCUAAAGCAGCCGUCUAAUUUUUCAGAGACUUGACAAUGUAUGUACUAGCUACGCCAAGGCUCUCUCAUCAACAGGUCUAGACUGCCUCUUUUUCUCAAUUAAACUUGGAAUAGCUCAUCCCAGACACUCAGGUUGCACUGGAAUUUCUGGCUUUGCAGAUUCAUGCAGAACUAGGCAGGUUGGAAGCACUUGGCAGGUAUGGCUUUGGGGAACAACAAACAGCCUUUGCCGGUGCUCAUUUCCCCCUCCCCAAACCAUGAAUCAUGAAACAGUAGCAAGCCCUGCCCUUUCUUGACAGUUUCCUCCCAGCAUGUUACAGGUACAAGCACUCUUUACAGGAAUCUUUCCUGUUCCACCCCAGAGACACUUAGCAUUCUAUGUCCACUGAACAUAGGUACAUUGGGAUUUGUUUAGCUGUUGCCCCUUUAGGAUUCCCCCAUCCACUGAAAUUUUAUCAUACUUCUGUUCCUUCUCCUUCUCCUUUGGCGAUCACUCGUAGCCGAGUAAGAUUGUCUUCCAUACACAUGGUUUUAACAAUGAGUCCGUAAGUGACUGUGGAGGCCAAUUCUGGAUCCACACGUCCUUCCACAGUGGGGACAUUGCCAAGCGUGCCUUCCUCUUAGCACAUUUCUCCCUUGCAUCCUGAGUUCAAGUGUCUUCAAAGCCCAUGACACCUUUGGUAAAGGCUGUUCUUCAACUGGAGCGCUUGCAGGCCAGUGUUUCCCAGUUGUCAGUGUUUAUACUACAUUUUUUAAGAUUUGCCUUGAGACUGUCUUUAAACCUCUUUUGUUGACCACCAGCAUUGCGCUUUCCAUUUUUAAGUUCGGAAUAGAGUAGUUGCUUUGGAAGACGAUCAUCAGGCAUCCAUACAUGUCCAGUCCAACGAAGUUGAUGUUGAGGAAUCACUGCUUCAACACUGGUGAUCUUUGCUUCUUCCAGUACACCAAUAUUAGUUUGCCUGUCUUCCCAAGUGAUGUGUAAAAUUUUUCGGAGACACCGUUGAUGGAAUCUUUUGAGUUGGAGAUGGUGUUUAUAAGUGGUCCAUGUUUCCUGCAAACCUUACAGCUCUCUGUAGAUUGACACUCCUCCCUUCCUGCUUUGUCACUGCAUUUUUUAAAUUUUUAAAUGUUAUUGAUUUGUUAACAAAAAAAAAUGUGCAGGUAUAAAGAAAGAAAACAAAGGAUCAAAAAAUGUAGACCAUAAAGCAUCACAGCCUGGGGGGGGACAAGAGUACAGCUGUUCCAAAUAUAUAAUAAAGCAUUAGCUCAUACAAAUAACAAAAUAUAUGUAAAAAUAAAAGUUUUCUCCCCCUGUGGAUUCCAUCAUUACUGAGGUUCUAUAAAGUCAAGAUGAGCCAGAUAUUUGCAUAGGUAAAGGUAAAGGGACCACUGACCAUUAAGUCCAGUUGCAGACGACUCUGGGGUUGCAAUGCUCAUCUUGCUUUACUGGCUGAGGGAGCCGGCGUUUGUCCGCAGACAGCUUCUGGGUUAUGUGGCCAGCAUGACUAAACCGCUUCUGGCGAACCAGAGCAGUGCACAGAAACACCAUUUACCUUCCCGCCAGAGCGGUACCUAUUUAUCUUCCUGCACUUUGACGUGCUUUUGAACUGCUAUGUUGGCAGGAGCUGGGACCUAGCAAUGGGAGCUCACCCCGUCACGGGGAUUCGAACCACCGACCUUCUGAUUGGCAAGCCCUAGGCUCUGUGGUUUAACCCACAGUGCCACCCGCGUCCCUGAUAUUUGCAUAGACACCCCAUUUGUUGGUGGCAGGGCUUUUAUUUCAGCCAGAACUCACCAGAGCUCAAUUCCAGCACGUCUCAGGUGGAUGCCAUUGCCAUUCUAAGAGAACAUGAGAGAAGUUCAUGGUGAGCUACAGCACCUAUUCUUCUAGAAAAAUGGCACUGGUUGGUGACAGAAUUUGCUUUGCAUGAGUGGGCUUUGUAGUACAUUUCACAGAAUAUUCUCUACAGAGCGCUCCAACUUCUCCAGCAGUUUGGGGAUGAACCCCCAAUGCAUGAAUGUAGCUUUCAAUCAUCCUUGGUAUGAUGGCUGCUGGGGUGUCAACAUGCAUUUCUCUCUUCUCAUCCGUGACAUGUUGGAGAGUGUGCCUGUAGUCUCAGUACCUCUGAUACUUCAGUUCUUUGCUGUUAUGGAAACUAGCAUAUUUGAGGGAUCUGGGUGGGGUCCAAACCUGGUGCCCUGGCUAAAACAAACACCUUGGAAUCAAGGCAAGUUUCUGGUAAUGGGGAAAUAAUUUUUAUUUCCUGCUUUCAGUGCUGUCGACACCAGUUCUUGACAGCUGGGCUGACACAUUUACUGUUUAGGAUUGCAUUGUGGUAAGGAAACAAACUAGUGCACAAAUAUGCAUGACAGGACCGGGAUGCCAAGCGGUGGCUAGGCAGGGGGCGGAAGUAGCAGUGCUUACUUCAUCCUAAAGCAACGGGAGUGGCUCACUGUCCCUUCCAUCUUAUAGACUAACAGUGAACUCAUUCUCUGAGGGCGGAUCCUUACGUACAUAAAAAAGGGUGGUAACAACAGGUUUGGGUGGCAGCCAAGGUUUGCAAAAGUGCGAGAAAACAGCCUAGGGCCGAAAACAGUGUGCUCAGUAGGCAUGGAAUGCUGAAUGACUGUUGUGUGUGGGGCAGAGGGUUGGAGCUAGAAGCUGAAUGGAGUAUCUUUGGAAGGGUAUGGCUGGCUGGCUUGAGUCCUGAACAAGAGCACUCCAGAGUAACAAGGUCUUGUGCGUCCAUCUUGUAACUGGUCAACACUAUGAUGAUCAAAACUCUCCUCCUCCUCUUUUCUCCUACUUCCCACAGCUGUGUCCAGGAUGUCACUGAAUCUACAUCCCCUUAGAAUUGCUGAGUUCAAAAUGUCAAGGGUUGUGCUGGCCAUAUGUUUUGCCUUCAGGGCUCCUUUCCUCUUUGAAUAGGUACUCUCCUCCUCACCGAUGCUGGCAAACAGAGUUAGCAGUCAAACAAAACAUGGAAGAUCACAGACUCUCCAUCCUGCUUGUUAUAUGAGGAAAGCUGAGCAUUUCCAAAGCGGCUCCCUACAGCUGUCUUCUCCUCCCUCUUCCUUCCCUGACCCGCCUAUUUGUGAUUCUUAAUUUCUCUCUCUGCAAUCAGGAUAAGCUUUAGCUCAUCGCUAAAGUCAUAUCACAGACACCACACAUUAUAAGCCGUUGCUUCCUCUCUCUGCUCAUAUUAAGGUUUUUGAGUGGAAUACUGGAACACACUUGCCAAAUCCCCCCCCCCCCCAAGCUGCUGAAUCAGGAGCCCAGAGGACUCCCCCCCCCACUCUGGAUUUUGGAACACAAGCAGCUCAGCUGCAGGGAGAAUGCAUGCUGAUCUCAGCAACCCACCUAGAUAUUCUCUCUCCUUAGAGACACUCUUCUAGGCAGCUCUACCAACUCUUGAUCUAUCAAGACAAGAGACCUGCACAGCCAGCAGUAGAACUCGAUAUUGUAGAAUCUUGCUGACAGCUCAUAAACCUUAGGAACACACACACACACACACACACACACACACACACACACACACACUGCAAUUAAUUGAGUGAGACAGGGGUUUCCAUAUGUCGACUGCCAGUGGAUGUGUUCAUUCAGGGUGGUCUACAACGUGGAUUUGUUGUUAAUUGCAUUUUUAUUGCUUCUUUUAUUUCUCAUACAUUGUUGUUUUUUUGUACUGCAAUGUUAAUGUAAUCGAUUUCUGUAGAACCCAAGCAACAACUUCCUUAGUUUAUGGUACAUUUCCUGACAUUUAUAUGUUUCCUGUCUUGUACCUUGAGAUAAGAAUGCUUAAAGAAACAUCCAUCUAGUUCAGCAUCCUGUUUCUCUACAGUGGCCAAAGAGGUACUUCUGAAAAGACUGUAACACAAGAAGCUGCCUGAUAGCAAAUGGGCCUAUCUGUUCAUCUGUCUAGCUCAGUAUUAUCUACUGUGAUAUCUAUUGGUUGUAGUUCUCUAGGGUCUUUGCUACCUAUGUGAGCCUUUUAACUAGUGAUGCCAGGGACUGAACUUGAGAAAUUCUUCAUGCAAAGUCUGUACUCUGUUACAGAGCUCUAUAUCAUCCAACCCCGUAAGCAGGCUAGGAAUGAAAUUGCUUCUCCAGCCAUUGUUCUCCAACAACUGGUAUCCAGUGAAACAUUGCCAUUGGUUGCUUCUAAAUGGCCUGUUUACUUAUUUUGAAGCAGGUUUACUGAACAUAAGGACCAAAACCACAUUCAUUGUGCAACCAGAACUUGCUGGUAUGCAACUGGACUCCACCUUCAAGAUAACAACAAUCAGGAAGGGGACACUGAACACUGAGGUUUCUUUAACCAUUAGGGCUAAUAAUUUCUUUAAACACAAGAGCUCCAAGUUCUUUUUCUCUGUGCCCAUAUUUCUGUAAACCCAAGGUGGAUUUACAAAACAACAUUUGGAUUUACAAAACAACAUUUGGAUUUACAAAACAACAUUUAUUGGGUGGGGGGGUUGUAUCCCUCAGGAUGUUGGACUACACGAAAAGCCUAAAGGUGCCCAUGUGUUUUACAAUUUAAGUCUGUUUACAAAAAGCUCACAUGAGCUCACAUGCAAAGAUAACAUUUGCAUUCAUUGCCUCACCCCCUUAUGCAUCUGGCCCUGUCCACCAGCAGCAAGUGGCCCCUGGAAUGUUUUCCAGGAUGGAAUGUGGCCCUCUGGCUGAAAAAAUGUUCCUCACCCCUGCAGUAAGUAAUGCAACUGUUGGAAGAAUCAUAAAAAAUAGAGUCCAUUUUGUAGAAAGUUCAGCAAUGCCUGUAGUACUUCCACUCGUCCAGUCUCAUUAAUAACCUGGAUUUCAUUCUUCCCUUCCCAGUUAUACCUGCUAGUACAAAACUCUGA